AUGUCAAUUCAAACUAGUGAUCCGAAUGAAACAUCAGAUUUGAAGUCGUUAUCUUUGAUUGCUGCUCACUCCCAUAUUACAGGCUUAGGUCUCGAUGAAAACUUGCAACCACGCCCUACAUCUGAAGGUAUGGUCGGGCAAUUGCAAGCCCGUCGUGCUGCCGGUGUGAUACUGAAAAUGGUACAGAAUGGCACCAUAGCAGGUAGGGCUGUCUUGGUGGCGGGCCCCCCUUCAACUGGUAAGACCGCCCUUGCCAUGGGUGUUUCCCAGUCUCUGGGUAAAGAUGUACCUUUCACUGCCAUUGCGGGCUCAGAAAUCUUCUCUUUAGAAUUGAGUAAAACUGAAGCACUAACUCAAGCUUUUAGGAAAUCCAUCGGUAUCAAAAUCAAAGAAGAAACAGAAUUGAUUGAAGGUGAAGUUGUGGAAAUCCAAAUUGAUAGAUCUAUUACUGGCGGCCACAAACAAGGUAAACUAACUAUUAAAACCACCGAUAUGGAAACAAUUUAUGAAUUAGGUAACAAAAUGAUUGAUGGCUUAACUAAAGAAAAGGUAUUAGCUGGCGAUGUUAUUUCUAUUGAUAAAGCAAGUGGGAAGAUUACCAAGCUAGGCAGAUCCUUUGCGAGGUCUAGAGAUUAUGAUGCCAUGGGCGCUGAUACCAGAUUUGUUCAAUGUCCAGAAGGUGAACUACAAAAAAGGAAAACAGUGGUUCACACGGUGUCCCUGCACGAAAUUGAUGUUAUUAAUUCAAGAACUCAAGGAUUUUUGGCAUUAUUUACUGGUGACACUGGUGAAAUUAGGUCAGAGGUAAGAGACCAAAUAAACACAAAAGUGGCAGAAUGGAAAGAAGAAGGCAAAGCAGAAAUUGUUCCUGGUGUAUUAUUUAUUGAUGAAGUGCACAUGUUGGAUAUUGAGUGUUUUUCCUUCAUAAAUAGGGCUUUGGAAGAUGAAUUUGCUCCUAUCGUCAUGAUGGCUACAAAUAGAGGUGUUUCCAAAACCAGAGGGACCAACUACAAAUCUCCACAUGGGCUACCUCUCGAUCUUUUGGACCGGUCGAUCAUUAUUACAACCAAAAGCUAUAAUGAACAAGAAAUUAAGACAAUUUUAUCUAUAAGGGCACAAGAGGAGGAAGUUGAGCUGGCAUCAGAUGCCUUAGAUCUAUUGACCAAGACAGGUGUGGAAACUAGUUUGCGUUACAGCAGUAAUCUAAUCUCCGUUGCUCAGCAAAUUGCCAUGAAGAGAAAAAACAAUACCGUUGAAGUGGAAGAUGUCAAAAGAGCUUAUUUGUUAUUCUUGGACAGUGCCAGAUCUGUCAAGUAUGUUCAAGAAAACGAGUCACAGUACAUUGAUGAUCAGGGCAACGUUCAAAUAUCCAUUGCUAAGUCAGCAGAUCCUGACGCCAUGGAUACUACGGAAUAA